AAAAUUUAUUGCAUCAAAGAUGAAAAACGUGCUUCUCUUGGAAAACGGAAUAGGCCCACGUGCUUCACUCCUCUCUCUCUCUCUCAUCAGCCACAGAAGAAGGAGCAACUCACAGUCUCACACCUAUCCCUCCUACCUCUACGCACACUGAAUCUGGAGCGACGAGAAAUCGGAAAAUGGAGUCAACAAUGCUCUCACUCGGCGCUUCAACAAUGUCAAUUUUGCUCCUCUCCAAGUCUCGUAAUUCCCAUUCUACCCCUCUCAUUGCGCACCUCCAUCGCCGCUUCUCCUCCACUCUCCCCAUUCAGCUCGCUCACCUUCAGCUCAGGCGCUGCGUCGAGUCGGCCCAAUCCGGACCGGGUUAUUUGCUGAGGGUAUCGGACCUACGCCCGAACCGGUCGCAGUUAUCCGCGAGGUAUUCGGUGUCGAGUGCGUCUGGCGGCGGGGGUUUUGGCGGCAUUGAUGGGGGUUCCGGCGGCGGCGGCGGAGGCGAUGGAUCUCCGGGAAGUGGAGAUGCUAAGCCGGGCGUUGUGGCUGCUGGGGCGGCCGAUGGUGCUGCUUUGAGUUCGGAUGUUAUUAUCCUUGAUGUUGGAGGGAUGACAUGUGGGGGAUGCGCUGCAAGCGUGAGGAGAAUUUUAGAAAGUCAACCGCAGGUUUCUUCGGCUAGUGUAAACCUGACGACGGAGACAGCGAUUGUAUGGCCUGUUUCUGAAGCCAAGGUAGCACCCAACUGGAAAAAGGAAGUAGGAGAAGCUCUUGCAAAGCAUUUAAGCAGCUGUGGUUUCACAUCAAACCUAAGAGAUUUGAGAAGAAUGAACUUCCACGAGACAUUUGAGAAGAAAAUGAAUGAGAAGCAUGCUCUGUUAAAAGAAAGUGGUCGUGGUCUUGUUGUUUCUUGGGCUCUCUGCGCUGUGUGCAUCUUUGGUCAUAUUUCUCAUUUCUUUGGAGCCAACGCUGCAUGGAUCCAUGCACUGCACUCGACGGGAUUCCAUAUGUCUUUGUCUCUCUUUACACUGCUUGGCCCAGGACGCCAACUUAUUACAGAUGGUUUGAAAAGUCUACUUAGAGGGGCCCCAAAUAUGAACACACUAGUUGGUCUUGGUGCUUUAUCAUCCUUUUCAGUCAGUACAAUAGCAGCCUUGGUGCCAAAACUGGGAUGGAAGACAUUUUUUGAAGAGCCAAUUAUGUUGAUAGCAUUCGUCCUACUUGGAAGAAAUCUUGAACAACGAGCUAAGAUAAAAGCAUCUAGCGAUAUGACCAGCCUUCUUAGUAUUAUACCAUCUAAAGCUCGUCUUGUGAUUGAUGGUGAUGAAGAAGAAGGGAACUCUACGGUUGAAGUACCAUCUAACAGUCUUUCCGUGGGAGAUCAUAUUGUUGUCUUACCUGGUGAUCGUAUACCUGCUGAUGGAGUUGUUAGAGCAGGCAGAAGCAGCGUUGAUGAGUCUAGCUUUACUGGGGAACCUCUACCUGUCACUAAAUUACCUGGGGCUGAUGUAGCAGCUGGAAGCAUUAACCUAAAUGGAAAAAUCACCAUUGAGGUGCGGAGGCCUGGUGGUGAGACUGCAAUCGGAGACAUUUUCCGGUUGGUUGAAGAAUCACAGACCAGAGAAGCUCCUGUACAACGGUUGGCUGACAAGGUUGCUGGACAUUUUAGUUAUGGAGUAAUGGCACUUUCUGCUGCAACAUUUAUGUUCUGGAAUAUUUUUGGUUCACGAAUUCUUCCAGCAGCUAUUCACCAAGGAAAUACCAUGUCAUUGGCAUUGCAACUCUCCUGUAGUGUCUUGGUUGUUGCAUGUCCUUGUGCUCUUGGGUUAGCAACACCUACAGCAGUUCUGGUUGGAACUUCACUCGGUGCUACAAAAGGGCUACUUUUGCGUGGUGGAAGUAUCUUAGAAAGAUUUUCAGCUGUUAACACAGUUGUAUUUGAUAAAACAGGGACGUUAACAAUUGGAAGACCUAUUGUGAAAAAAAUAGUGUUACGAGACUCUCAAGCCAAUAAACCUCCAGAGCUAAAUUCAGCUUCAAAUGAUAACUGGUCUGAAGUUGACAUACUGAAGUUGGCAGCUGGAGUAGAAUCAAGUACAAUACAUCCAAUCGGAAAAGCAAUUGUUGAGGCUGCAAAAGCUCAGAACUGUCUGAAUGUAAAGGUAGCGGAAGGAACUUUUUUUGAGGAACCUGGAUCUGGUGCCGUGGCAACUGUUGAUAAGAAAAAGGUAGCUGUUGGUACUAUGGAGUGGGUUCAAAGGCAUGGAGUAGUUGGUGAUAGUCCAUUCCAAGAAGCUGAAGAAUUUAAAAAUCAAUCAGUUGUAUAUGUUGGGAUAGAUGGUAUUCUUGCUGGAGUGAUCUAUGUUGAGGAUCAAAUCAGAGAAGAUGCCAGGCAUGUGAUAGAAUCCUUGACUCGUCAAGGAAUCAAGACAUAUUUGCUUUCUGGGGACAAAAGGAGCGCUGCUGAAUACGUGGCCUCUGCUGUUGGUAUUCCAAGGAAAAGGGUUUUGUAUGGAGUCAAACCUGAUGAGAAAAAGAACUUCAUUAGCAGACUUCAGGAGGGUCAGAAUGUUGUUGCUAUGGUUGGUGAUGGAAUCAAUGAUGCAGCUGCCCUCGCAUCAUCUCAUGUGGGAAUUGCAAUUGGUGGUGGUGUUGGGGCAGCUAGUGAGGUGUCCUCAAUUGUGCUAAUGCAGAACAGGUUGUCCCAGUUGCUUGAUGCACUGGAGCUAAGUAGACUUACCAUGAAGACUGUGAAGCAAAAUCUUUGGUGGGCCUUCGCAUACAACAUUGUAGGAAUCCCCGUAGCAGCUGGAACGUUGUUGCCUUUGACUGGAACCAUGCUAUCACCUUCAAUUGCUGGUGCACUUAUGGGGUUGAGUUCCAUUGGUGUGAUGUCGAACUCAUUACUUCUCAGAUUGAGGUUUAAAUCGAUAGAGAGAGAUAUACACAAAACAUCUAUGCACAUCAAGGCCCCUUCGAAUGCUGAAAAUACAGGGAAUAAAAAUGCAAGAUUGCAACCCCAAUAUCCAGCUGCUAGAUGAGGUUGAAGCGGUGAAUCGUUUGUACAUUCACUAAUUAGAACACAGAUAGCAUGGUGUGGGAAGUCAAGUGACUGAAUGUUGAAUCCUGAAUCUUGCUACAGCUCUAUAAAACCCCAAAUGAUUUUGAUUCUUCUUUCGGUUGUAAAAGAUUAAUCGUUUUGGAAUGUAAUACAAAUAUUUCAUGCUUAGAAAUUGAGAUUUUCACA